GAUUAUCACGAACGAACAGGGAACGAGAAAGCACUCUCACUGUCGCCCACAGCAUUACAUUAUAACUGAAGUCAAACUAACAGCGGGGCUUUAUCAUGUUAAAAGUAAGUAAUUCUGUGUGAAAUAACUACUCCUAGGUUAAGCUUCAUCUGUGCAGUGUUAUGUCAAGACUGCAAUGAGAUAUUGUGGUUUGUGAGAAGACACACUAACCACAUAAACCAGUCCGUGUUCUGCAAUCUCUUGAAAUCCAUGCGUCCAAGAUGGAGAUCACCCUGAUUAUUGGACAGCAGAAAGGUACCGUUCAGGAAUCGAGGUCAAUCUUCACGUUUCAGCCAUGAAUGGAGGGACAUUUCUGUUGGUGAUUCUUCUCCCUCUACUCUGCCUGCUCGCUAUCUACAUUCUCAGGGAGAGGGUGUGUGGCUGUCUUCGGGAUAGCAUGGUCAUAGUGCAAACAAAGUGGAGAAAUCUGUUCUCUCAUGCUUCAAUGAUGUACGCGAAUAUGAGGAGGACGCCUAAAUCUGAGGAAAAUGAAUUACAUUUCAUUAAUAAGCGCUCAGUGUAUACUCAGUCAGGAACUGGUGAAUUUUCUCUUUUGAACCAGCACGUGUACAUUGACAUAGAAGAUAAUCACGUCUACACAGAAGCGUAUGAAAUGCCUACUUGUACACCGCCUAGUAGUCUCCCGCCGAGUUUUCCCUCCUCGGACAUGUAUCUCACGUCAUUUGCAUCGUAUAUAGCCAGUGACCACUUUGAUGGUGUAGAUGAAGGCAACGGAGAAGGUCAUAGUCAAGGUCACGUUAGAAAUAAAGGUGAAGGUCACGUCACUAAAAAAGGUCACGGUCAGCUCCGAGAAGAUAGAAAGGAGCACAUGGUUGAUGAUGGAAAGGGACACCUCUGUGGACAGGACCAGGGGCAGCCCAUAGGAAGACCUAACCCUACAUUUUCGACUAGCCAGUAUGUUUCACACGACAACCUUCUUAAAUAUAAUAAGGGUUUAGUGACGUCGUUGGGUGUAGGAAAAAGUGGACAACAUAUUGUUCAACUGCACGCCACGCCAGCGGGUAGGUUACUCGAUGGAGCAUCUCCGGACUCAGAUCCUGAAGAGAAAGGUCAACAUGAGGAAUUAGAGAGAAAUGAGAGAAUUAUAUCUGAAUGUUCUACAAAGGAAAGGGCUAAAGAUGUUGGUGAUUGUGAGACAGUGAACUCAUGUUCACAAACAUCCCCGCCCUCUAAAGUAGCCGGUACGCUUAAGUAUGUGUGUCCAAAUUGUGGAAAUGCGGAAGAUAUUUCAAAGAGGAAAAAAGUACUUUCGUCAACACGGUCGUGUGCAACAUAGAUGGGUUUCGGUUUUUUACAUGUGAUGGCACAUUACUUAUAAUAAGACAGUGUUCGCUUAGUUAUUCAUAGGACACAAGGGCGUCCGGGCUGUGAUAUCAGUGAAACAUUUUACGCUCUGUAUCCCUUGUGAUUUGAAAAUUACAGUCAAGCAUUUAAAGGAUCUUUUCAAAAUGUCAGCAUUCAUUAACAUUUUAAUUAUUGGUUUAUUAAAAGAACUAGAAUUGUUUGAAAAAAUGUGAUUGAUAUGUUUUGUAACAAAAUGACCUAACGGUUUAAAUAAAAACAUGAGCUUUGAGCAGAGUAAAAUAUUAAAUUUUGAGUUUUCGAAACAUUUUUUUUUUCCUAGUAUGUACCCAUGAGAACAGCAUGUUGUAUUUUGUAAAUACCUUUGACCGAGACUGACCACAGAGAGUUUCUGGAAAAAUGGGCUUCCAGAAUUAAAAUGGGACGUUUUAAUAUAUGAUAUGUAGAAUAUUAUAGAAUAUUAUUUGACGAAUACUCAGUAUGUCCAACGUUACUGAAUACUUAUUUCAUAUUUGCAAAGACAAUCACUCCAUCGGACUUUGAUGCGGACUUGAAACUAUGUAAUAUCUGAAACUUCACCCAAUCUGACUAACGAGGAAAUGGAAAGGACAGGGUGUAGAUUUUCGUUGUGAGAACUAUGCUACAUACGAGGCACAACUGUGAAACUGGAAAUGUCACAGACGAAAGCUUGUCAUUUGUUAUUCAACAUGGUACUGGAACAUUACA